AUAUAUGUGGGAAUGAAUGUCGAGUGGAAUGGAACGUGACAGAAUAUGAGGGAGGCGUGAGCGAGUGAGCGAAGGAGUGAGAGAGAGGGACUGAAUGAACGGUGUUAGAGGCAACCACGCGGUACUGAGUGUAACGAACGAGCCAAAGUUGUUGAAAUAAAAGUUGUAAUAAGUGUUUAAAACGGGAUUUUAUUUCAAAGUCAUCGAUCCCCGGCACGAAGAGAGCUACAGAUUUUGGGGGCUCGUCCGGGAUCGAUCAACGACGAAUUUCCACGAAGUUUUCUACGACGCACCGGCCGGCGCGACGCGGCGGCCAUUAAAUUUGAAUUACGAAGUUACGGAGCACGAUGGAAUCGAAAUCAACGACGAUUACGACUGCAGCGGCGCCGGUGGCGUUCGGGCUCACAGAGGGGCUCAUCGAGAAGUUCAGCGGAGACGACAAAUCUUACUCGUCGAGUAAGUGGGCUCAAGACAUCGAGGAUAACGCUGAGAUAUUUCAGUGGACGCCGCAACAAACUUUGAUCGUAGCUCGCCGGUCACUCACCGGGACGGCUGAGCUAUGGUUAAAAUCCGAGAAGGCAUUCAAAACCUACGGCGAUCUCAAGGCUGCGCUUGUGAAGGAAUUUCCAGACACCGCGAACGUCAAGGAAAUGCACGAGCUAAUGGCGGCACGCAAGAAAUUAAAAGGCGAGACGUAUUAUCAGUACAUGUUGCAUAUGAAAGAGCUAGCGCGGCGUGCGAAAUUUCCCGACUACAUCGCGAUACAGUACAUCGUGGAUGGCAUCGACGAUUACGAGAGCAAUAAGGUGAUUCUGUACGGCGUGACCACGUUUCCAGCAUUGAAGGAAAAGCUGGCUUUCUAUGAGAAAAUGAAGUCCAAAACCAGGGAGCGAGAAAAGAGAACCGAGAGGUUAAAAGGUCAUGCGAGGUCGGCGGAGGCGUCCUCGGCAGCAUCGGGAUCGGCGAGGCGGUGCUAUAGCUGUGGUGACAUGGGACAUGAAGCGGGUGUGUGUAAAAACGGAUUGAAGUGUUUUGGGUGUAAUCAGUUCGGUCACAUUCGUAACCAGUGUCCCGUAAAUCCGAUGAGAUCUACGGCUACAGCAUCGGCAUCGGGUCAUUCAGGCGCCAAGAUGGCGGGCGCAGGCGGCAGCGGCGCUCACGGCGGCCGAGGAGGCGGGGCUUCCGGUUCCGGGGAGGCCGGAAAGUUGGGACCCAAGCGACCCGCGGCUAUGUUCGGAACGGUGAACGAAGUAAGCGGAAACGAGGCUGUCCGCGCGGUCAUAGACAAUGAAACGUCACUGACAUUGACAGAUGUCAACACUGUAAAUGUGACAGCUACGAGUUACGAAGAUCGAAACGUUAACAUCACGCAUGUAAACAAAUGUGUUCGGAAGCCGGUAAAAGACAUUAAAAUUAAUAAUACAGUUUUAAAUGCUCUCGUAGAUUCAGGUAGUGAUGUGAACCUAUUAUCUUUGUUGUAUUUACCUAUGUUGAACGCCGAAGUGGCGAGUGAAACGUUAACGAUGUCUGGAUUAGGCCGUAGUGAAAUACAAUCAAGGGGCAGCGUCUCUGUUGGACUUGAGAUUGAUAAUCAGUGUUUUAAUGGUGUAGUUUUUCAUUUAGUUCCACCAGAGGUGAUGCCCUACGACGUAAUAAUAGGUCAAGAGUUCCUGGGUCGUGUUACUGUGGUAAUGAAUGAAGGGGGUAUUAGGUUUUUUCCCAUUGGUUGUUGUGAAUGGGUUGGUCAAAUUGAUUGUUUUCCAGGAUGUGUAGCAGUCAAUGUUGAUCACAUUCAAGAUCCAGCAGUAAGGAGUGAGGUUAUGCAAUGUGUUGAGGAGUAUAAGCCAUUGUAUAAGGAAGAGGCCCCGAUCCAACUUCAAAUUGUAUUGAAGGAUGACAUCCCAGUGCGACAGCGACCCAGACGACUGUCACUUAUGGAGCAACAGGUAGUGGAAGAUCAAAUCGAGGAAUGGCUUGAUAAAGGCAUCGUGAGGGUGAGUUUCUCAGAUUACUCCAGUCCUUUAGUGCUGGUAAAGAAGAAAGAUGGUUCGACUAGGGUCUGUGUGGACUAUAGGCAGGUCAACAAGAAAAUAGUUAAGGAUGAAUUUCCACUUCCCGUAAUCCAUGAUCUGAUUGACAAAUUGCAGGAAGCUAAGGUAUUCAGUGUACUUGAUUUGAAAAGUGGGUUCUUUCAUUUGAAGGUCAGCGAGGAGUCUAUUAAGUACACAUCAUUUGUCACUCACCACGGGCAGUUUGAAUUUCUCCGUGCCCCGUUUGGUUUGUCCACCUGUCCCAAAACUUUUAUGAGAUUUCCUUGGAUGAAGUUCAGGCUGUAUCGAGGUUGAAGCAAGUGCUAGAAGUCGCAGCACAUUAUGGCUUGGAGAUUAAUUGGAAAAAGGCGAACCUACUGCAGCGUGAAGUUGAGUACUUGGGCCACAGGGUGAAGGAUGGAGAAGUACGGCCGAGUACAGAUAAGGUGGAUGCAGUCA